AUGUCACCUGCCAACCAACAGCGACCGAUUGUCUAUCUUCUGUCGGCGACGAACCUGCCCUCUGCGCCGCCAGGCGCGACGGAAGAUGGCCCCGACCACCACGGCCUGGAUAUCAAGAUCCUCUUCCUGCCCCACCUGAUCGCCACUAAUCAUCCUUGCCUGCAUCAGCCGGCAGCGGAUGAUCUAGGACGGGCGGAACGGGCUGGGUAA